AUGGCACUCGAAAUCGAUGACACACACCUCGGCUUCUUGAGACCGACCCAUCGCCAAGUAACCGAGUGGCUCAAACUCACAAACAACAGUCAAUCGGUAGUCGCAUUCAACACUCUCUCACUCCCUUCCAAAGAAUUCUUCAUGCACCCAACUUCUGGUCUGAUCCGGCCCAACAGCACUAUCGACAUACAUGUUACACUCCCAGUGGAAGAAGACGAGCCUCGUGCCUACAGAUGCCGCCACCAGUUCCGCGUCUAUUUCUGGGACCUCGAAGGCUCUCCUGUGGUCGAUGGCUCUAUCUUCGCAUCGUGGUCAUGGAAUAAGAUCAUGGCUAGAGGGGUCAUGAAAGAACACAGAAUUCACAUUACAUUCGGCACUGCCCACGCCAUGUCUAACAAGACUGGAAAGGUGGAGAUGGAGCCCUACUCUUACACUGCGCAUCUAUCGCCACAUCAAAUUCGUGCACUGGCGUUCGUCGAGACGUCCACUGUGGUCGAGGAAACGGGUCCCGCAGCUGAUGCUACGGGUGCGGAAGCGUCACUGGCCCAGGCAGAAGGUCUCACAGAGGCUCAAAAGGCGGAGAGACGGGACAUGAAGGAGAGGAUAAGCGACGUCGAGAUCAGGCGGGCGGCGAAUUCCAGGAAGAUUAAACAGCUGAGGAUGAGAGGAAUUUGGCUUGAGAAGGACAGGGGCUCACUCCAGCCGUGGUCUCCUGGAGCGAAGCUGAUCGAGGCCGGGGAGGAGGAGAACCGCAGAGAGCUUAAGGAACUCAGAACAACAGAGUAUCAGCUCGAGGCCGAAGGACGAGAGCUCGAAAGAGCCCUCUUUCGAUGGGCUGCACAGAUUGUCCAAAGCCGAGUAUCGGGGAACGCUGAAUGA